CUCUUGUUUUUACCUAUCAACUCAACAAUAUGCCUCACACUCCUAUAUCAAAACAAGAUGCUUCUCGCAUCCAAAGCACCCAAGCAAAAACUGGAAAAGAUACCGGUAAGGGUUCUUUCUCUUCUCGCGCUCAAUCUGCUGCUGAUCGCAAUGCCAAUACCAAUACUCAAAGCCAACCACAACCCAAAAAGUAACUCUUUUGUGUCUCUGCUUGUUUAAAGUCUAUGAAAUAAGGAGAUACACCUCUCUUUUUUUUUUUUUUUGAAUAAAACACUGUUUUGUAAUGUAAAUCUCUAGUUCAAACUGAUGCAAUACUUGUAUUUUCUUUACAUCACAGUAUGCUUUUUUCGCAUAAACCUAUACUAAGAUGAUACAGCUCUUUCUCUCUCUCUCUCUCUUUUUCUCUGCUAUAUUGUUUUCUAAAUCAUGUCUACUGACUUAACGUCAAAGCAUCUCGUCAAAGAAGCUGACAACAUAGGAUCCAGACAAUCAAAAGCAGGCAAAGAUACUGGUAAAGGCUCCUUUGCUGCUAAGCUCAAAUCAAGUCAUAUUUGCUCAGGCAAAAAUUUCUUUAGUGCAGCUAUGCAAAGUAUUGCUGAUAGACUUGCACGUCAGUCCUCCAAAGAUGAUACGAUGAAACAAGGUGUUGGUGUACUUAGCAGUAGACUUAUCACUCAAUCUGAAGCUGCUGCUAUUCAAUCUGCUCAAGCCAAAACAGGCAAAUACACAGCUAUUGAUGGUCCUGGUGCUUCAGGCAAAAGUACUACAGCCAAACUACUUGCCAAGAAACUCGGCUUUGGCUAUAUCGAUUCGGGCGCCAUGUUUCGAGCAGUCACACUUAAAUGCCAACAACAACACGUCGAUGUCCAUGAUCAAGAACAAGUAGCUCGUAUUGCAAAGAGUGUCAAAAUAGCUUUCCCUUUGCUCGGACAAGUUGAGCUUGAUGGACACGAUGUCAGUGAGCUUAUUAGAACUUCAAACAUUACUCGCAACAUCAGUCCUGUUGCAUCUAAUGUGCAAGUACGUGAGAUCCUUGCUGAUCAGCAACGUGCUAUGGCUAAAGGAGAUAUCCCAGGAGCCUGUUCAACAGGGUUUGAGAGAGAAGGAAAGCAUAUCCAUGGUAUUGUUAUGGAUGGCCGUGAUAUUGGUACUGUCAUUUUACCUGAUGCAGAGCUCAAAGUGUUUAUUGUUGCUGAUGUUCGUGUCCGUGCUCAAAGAAGAUUCGACGAACUCAAGCAGAGACAAGGAGAAGGAUUGAAGGAGACUCUGGAGCAAGUAGAAAAGGAUUUAGAAGCCCGUGAUUUGGCUGAUCGUACACGUAAGGUUGCACCUCUAUCUCAAGCAAAAGACGCCAUUGUGUUGGACACAAGCCAUUUGACAAUUGAGGAACAAGUGAAUAAGAUUGAACAGAUGGUUUAUAAACGUCUUUAA